GUCCCUUUAAGAGACUGUACCUUGGACGAACCGGCCGUAGAUUCUGUUCGUACAAAACAACAUCCCCCAGCAGACUGAUCAUGGCGCCUACGCUGGGUUACACUCACGCCAGAGGACUGGCUCAGUACAUCCGCAACUUGCUCGUGUACAAGGGCAUUCCCUUCGAGGACAAGCAGUACAAGACCGGCCCGGCUCCCGACUUUGACCGCUCCGACUGGACCAACGUGAAGUUCACGCUGGGGCUCAAGUUCCCCAAUCUGCCGUACUUCAUCGACGGCGACGUCAAGAUGACCCAGAGCGUCGCCAUCAUACGGCACUUGGGUAGAAAGUACGACCUCGCAGCCAGAACGGAAGAAGAAGCCAUGGAGCUGGAUCAACUGGAGCAACAGGCCAAGGACCUGCUGUGGGGACUGGCCAUGACUGCGAUGAAUCCAGCCUUCGAAACAGCGCGCGCAAGAUACGAGAAAAACCUGGGGAACCUGCUCAAACCCUGGGCAGAGCACCUUCGGGAGCGCCGCUGGGUCAUGGGUGACAGACUCACCUACGUCGACUUCAUAGUCCACGAGGCCCUGGACUGGAACCGCGCGUUCAAGCCGGAGGCUUUCGAGGAAUAUCCCGAGUUGGUGGAGUACCUCCAGAGGUUCCGGGCACUGCCCAACAUGGAGGAGUACUUGACGUCGGAAGCCUACAGGGCGAUGCCACUGCUCGGUCCCAUGGCCAAGUGGGGAGGCAAACCCUUCUGAAACGGCGCGUGUGCUGUCUUCGUUCGCGGUGAAUAAAAAUGAAUCAAAUAUUCCUAUUAAAGCAA